AUGGAUCCCAUAAUAUCGAGGUUCAAGGAGCUCGAUUUUGCAGUUGACACUUCUGAACGGUUGAAGUUUUUGGAUCGUGGGGAUACGAAUAAUGAGUCUGAUGAAGAGCACGACGUGCGAGAGUCAAGUGCCGGUGUGGCAAUGAUUGAGGAGAUGAUUUUAAAUGAGAGGAAUAAUGGGUCGGUCUAUUCCCAUGUGCUGAACCAAUGCGAAAGUGCGUUACAGACAUACACAGACCUGUUAAAGCUGGAGAUGAUAACCACAAAAUCAUGGUAUAUAAGUGCUCUUUACGAUAGUGUGCUGAUACGGUUCAAUCUGAAAGAUAAUAAUAAUUUGGAGCAAACUGAUGAAUUUUUCAAGGAUUUGGCAUUGAAGAGCAUUAAAAAAUGUGACAAGUCCGCCGUAGGUCUGGAGUCUCUAUACACCUCUAUCUCCUCAUUUAGGGAUUUUAUUGCAAGCUCUACCUCUGGCUUAUCAGAUAUGUCACCUUUACUCUCCAAUUCAAUGACCUUACUAUUCGAAAUAUGGGUUGUAACGAACAGAGAAAUACGACAUUUCCAAAAAGUUAUCGCUGGAAUAUUUAUGAGAUCGAAACUACUCCUUAUAGACUAUGAACUAGUAAAAAUAUGGAAUCUUGUUAGAAGUAAAGAUAAAAAUGAUAGUACAAACAUUGAUAAAGAGAAUGUAAAGAAGUUAGAGACUACGAUUACCUCAUACAGAGCAUUCUUAAAAAUCUUUAUAGCGCAAUUACAAGAUGCUGAGUGCUCCAACCAGGAUAAUAGUAACCAAGACGCUUUUGAAGAAUGUCUGAGAGUGUUUUUUGACAUAGAAUCCAUGUACCAAGCAUUGAACUUUAAUUGGCUGUUAAAGGAGAAUAAACAUCUCCAGGAUAAAAACAAGAUGCUGGAUGAUAAAAUGUCCAGAAGCCUACCUACCAUUAAUGAGUCUAAGGAGGUUCAUAACAUAACGGCCUUUGUUGAUGAUUUUCUCCAACAACCACCGGUGCUUCAAAUUCCAAUGGACUCUAAACAUACUAAGACGGCCUCAGCAAGCUCUUCAAUUUCUUCGACAUCAUCUUAUCCAUUUUCUCCAACUUCUAAAUCCUACCAUAGUUUAUCCACAACAAGUGAUGAUGAAAAAUCACCUUAUCCAUUUUAUUUCGAUGGCAACAGCAGUGAUAGGUUUUCCAUGAAGAAUAAAAAUUAUACCAUAAAUGAUUCCUCAUCUACUCUUCACGAGUCUACGAUGAGUAAAGUUGCUGAUCGUGAGAGCGAAACAGAUACAGAUUCGGAUAUGUAUCUCAUGAUGGAGAAAACUAAUUUAUCAAAAGAGCUACCAAAAUUACUAAAUGCAUUUUCAAAUGCUAAAAAACUAGAACAAGAGAUUAAGACAGCUAAAUCAACAUCGGCACCAUCAUCUUCACAGGAAAGCAUAAGGGAGUCUCAAGAUAAUUCCUCUGAAAAGCAACAUUCCCCAUCGCCUAAUAAUCUGUCAAGAUCACAGCUCCUUUCAAAUUCAAUUAUUAAUAAAACCUUGUUAGACAAGAAAAAGGAAGACCUGAUGCACAAUAUGGAUAAUUGGGUCAAUCAUAAUAAUAUCAAAUUUUCAACAUUACCUACUGGAUUAGGAAACCCGCUUUAUACACAACUUAAUAACACACAUACUAAACCUCAUGGAUUUAAGAGCAACUUCUUAAACAACCUUUAUGGACUGGGACACAAUUGA